CUGAGGAGAAAGAUUGAAGCGCAGUCUCCUGGAUAUACAUCCAAGCAGAAUGGCCUCUCCUGUGGGGCAUCAGGGUCCGACUUCAAACGCCUCCGCAUGGAACCCAGCUCUUUUCGACCUGGUUCCUGUGCUUUGGCUUCAGGGCAGCCUCAAAGAUUGGUAGGGGAUGCCACCCAGGGUAACAUCCUUCGAAGAAAGGACACCUUCAUGAUGCCUCACGGAGUCGGCAGUGAUUUAUUCAACAUAACUCUAAGGGAUAUGAAGAAGGAACCGACUGAAGUUCAGACCUGCGGCCAAUCGUCCACAAAUCCUUCGAUGUUGACUUUUGACUUCAAAGAUGAAGUAAGUGGACAGAUUGACCCAGAUCUCCAGGAUUUGUUCGAUGAGCUCACCAAGACCGUACCAUCACUCAAUGAUCUAGAUCUGGAGAAGAUGCUAAAGCAAGAUGAUGACUUCGGUCUAGAUCUGGGUCGACCCAGUUCAGCUGGAGAGGCACCUCCUUGUAUUCACCUGGAUAAGCCAAUCAAGACAGAGUACUCACCAGAUUUUAGCCAGGCGGCUGGAAGCUCUCCACAACUAAGAUCAGCCUCUGCCAGACCUUCCUUCUCCUUGGCCAACACAACUUUAUCCACCUCAUCCAUCACUUCAGGACACCAUGGACAGGUACCUACUGGCGGUCCCUCUCGAGGUCUUCCAGCAUGGCCUGAGAUGUCACAUGCUGAGCAGCUAAAGCAAAUGGCUGCUAACCAACAACAGCCCAACUCUAUGCUCCACAACCACCAGCAGAGUCAAGCAGGAGGGGUUAGGAACUGGUCUUCUGCCUUGGGUGUCCACCAAACUCCUGGCUCUUUCAAUCAGGAGACUCUUCCCAGUAAUGCUUCCCUUUCUCAGCAGAGACUCAGCACUCAGAGUGCUGGUCAGGCCAAAGGCAUGCCCAACUGCUUUCUCAAGCCCAAUGAAUUCAACCCAUCCCAUCACAUGGACACAAAGGUUCUCAGCACUAAGCCGAUGCCGCAUUUCAGCCCUAAAGCACCACCUUCCACCACGGCCCAACAAAUGCCCAUCAUGGCUGCUCCACCAAACAAAACAACCAUGCAACAGCAGCCGUCUACAGCAGGCCAGGGCAUGCACAUUCAGAACUGUCAGAUGCCCAUACAGCCAUCUGCCUGCCUACAAACUAAGCCUCUAAGUCAAAGGCCUCCACUCAGUCAACAUGGUGCUGGAAUCCGUUUCAAAAUGGCACAGCAGCGACAGGGAAUUUCACAAGGACCUCGUUUACCAGCGAAUGGGCGUUCUGUAGAUAUAACAGGCCCGGCUCAACAGCAGAGGCCUCCGGUUCUCAGUUCUCAGCAGAAGAACCCAGGCCAGGACCAGAACCUUCAAAGACCGCUGGGUCAACCCCAGCUCAACGUUUCUGAUACAGAGAAACUGAGCACACAGGAUCAGUUCAGUCGUCAUCUAACACGACCUCCACCAGACUACAAACACCCACGCAAUGGAGUUGCCGCUCAACAGCCAAGCUUAUACUCAGGCAAUGGGUCAGACCAAAGUGGAAUCCAACCCUUGUCAUGCCACCUACCCAAUGGACAAAGUACCAAGAUGGUGCCUACCUCAGGAGAGAGAAGGUUUCCACUUGGACAAGACCCUAAUUCAGGACCCACAGGCUCUCAAGCUUGCACAAACCAGCUCCGACAGCAACCCAGCAGCCUGAUCCGAAUGGGGCUUCAGCAAAACAAGCAUCAGUUCCAUGGGACAAACAACCAGAGUGCCACUUUUCAAUCAAGCACUCAGCAUGUAAGGACGAGCAUCCGUCAGGAUUCCCUGCUGGGGCAAAGAUUGGGUGACAUGAGCACCAAUACCAGCAGGAUGGACACUGCUUUGAACUGGACAAACAGCGGACAACAGAGUGGAGCUCUGUCAGGACUAGAUGUCAAAAGGCUCUCCAAUACAGUGAUGCCCCAAAGUGACAUUCAUUUUCCUCCGAGGUCUAUUUGCCCACCUAACCAGGUGGCGCCUCAUUCUAACCUGUUAUCCAUAAACCCUGCAAUCAGAAGCCCUGCUCCUAGAGCCAGUCAGCCUAGGAUACCCCCUCUACCUGGGGUGACUUGCCUGACUCAGUCGUCCCCAGAACAGCAAGGUUGCCCGACCACAUUUGGAGAGCUGAGCCAAAGCCCAGCAACUUAUCAGAACAACCGGGCAGGUCGAUUGACCUUUGACUUCUUACCGGAGGAUGAUAACACGGUACCAGGGAUAAAUGCAGACUCGGAUUUCAUCGACUCCCUGCUUAAAUCAGGUUCAGGCAAUGAUGACUGGAUGAAAGACAUCAACCUGGAGGAAAUUCUAGGCGGACAUUCAUAAAACAGACUCAAAGCAUGA